CCUACAGGGUCCUUCUCAUGAGGGGCCUCACCGCAAAUUUCCUCCUCCUUCCUCCUUCCCUCGUGUCCGUUCCCCUUCGGCAAUGGCCGCCGACCCCAACCACAAGAAAGUCGUGGUGAACUUCCAGUCCGUCGCCAACGCGCCGAAGCUGCGGCAGUCCAAGUUCAAGGCUGUUCCCAGUCAGUGCCUUCGUUGUGGAAAUGAGAAAUUUGCGAGGGUAAUUGAAUUUCUUCGCCGCCAAAUUCACCAGGACACAGUGUUUCUCUACGUGAAUAGUGCAUUUUCCCCUAAUCCAGAUGAGUUGAUAUCUGAUCUAUACAGUAACUUUGGAAUCGAUGGGCAGCUGGUGGUCAAUUAUGCAUCAUCCAUGGCAUGGGGGUAAAAGGUGAACUUGCUGGAAAUUACCUUGAGCCAACAUAUGAAACCCUUUUGCCUCCAAAAUUAACAUUUCACGGCGCUAUUAAUGUAAAAAAGCACAGCAAAUUGAGGUUCAAACGGAAGCUCUUUCGUUCACGUGGUAUUCAACAUGAUGGCAAAGCAAUACCAUUUUCCAUAUCAUCCGUCUGCAGCAAAAACCCUAGACGUCUUCUCUUUCCUGGUAGAGACAAUACUCUGAUGUUCUACGGCUAUUAUUGCUGGAAAGAAAAAAUAUUUUGUCUGUA